AUGAACGGGAUUUUUGAACAGCAGGCGAAUUCCUUUGGGUAUGAGACGGGGUACUUUCCGGAAAACCCCAUCACGAAAAACGACCCGCUGAAACACAAAAUUCUCAACCCAGUCGGCUCCUCCGGCGGGUCGUUUCCGGUCCCGCAGGGGUGCUACUACGAGCAGCAAAACGGAAAAUUUGAGUUCUUCAUGGUGUUUGAGAAGGGGAAUGGGUUUGUAGGGGGAGUGGAGUACCAGAUCGUCUUGAACGUGCAGUAUUUGGAGAAUUUGCAGCAGAAUACGAAUGUAUCCUGUGCAAAAGUAUCGCACUCGUAGUAAUUGCAAACAUGCAUGACAAAUCUCCAUCCCAAGGUAAAACAGCAUGACAAUUUUCAUUUGUCAUGCUGAGGUAAUUAGUAAUGCCAUUACUACGUAGUACGCUACUUUUGCAAUGCAUAGAAUGGCGGGGGAAGUAAUGUGGGUCAACAUCAUCAGCCGAUCCAGGUGGCAACGUUUGGCGACAUCGAGUUCGAGCGAAACCGUAUCGUAUUCAAAAACGUCCCCACCUCCCCAGAGCUGUAAUGCAAAUCUGCAUGCUGAAACUGUUUCUCAUGCGGAGGCCCAUGAGAAGCCUUGUCUAGUCGCGUUUUGGAAUCAGCAUGAUAUAACUACUAGAUUUGUGAUGCUGCUUACCUACCUCAAACAGCACUGCACUACGAGUCCAAAUUUGUCAUGCAAAACAGCCAAACCUUGCGGAUUUGUCUAGCCAAAGACUCACCAUCUUGACUAUGGGGUAGGGACGUUUUCACAUGGGAUAAACCGAGUGAUUGAAUUAGACGACGUGUACCCGAGUUUUGGGCCAGUGCGAAGGCGGCAGAUCUCGGACUCUUUUUUAUCUUCCGGCAUGUUGACAGCCGAGGAAGAGGCGC